UGGGUAAUGGCUUGAAAUGUUUUCCUUAUGAGAAGUGGUGUUGAGUUACAGUAUUCAGAGGAGAAUUGGGAGGAGAGCAGGCAGCAGCCCCAACUCAGCCCCCACCUUUUCUUAAGCUUGUAGGAAGGUGGGCAUGGGCUCCCAGAGACAAGGCAAGUGAUGUGCUGAACUGCCCUGUGGCAGCAGGAGGCUGGGCCCAGAGUGACCUGAGGCCAGUGUUUACCAGGGUUUCGCCAGGGCCAGUGCGCAGCACAGAUGCUCCGCUGUGAAAUGCCACGCAGGCAGGGACUGACAGGCAGGAGACGCUGAGCUUCCCCUAGGACAGCUGUUUCCUGCUGGGUUCAGGGGAGGGGGCCUUUCUCGACUUGCUGCUGUUGCUGCUGCCACCACCGCCACCUCUGCUCUCUGGCCACUCCAGGUAAGCGGGCUCCGAGGGAGGGCGGACUGCAAGGCAAGCCUUUGUACCAUGAACAAGAUCCGAAAGUUUUUCCGAGGAAGUGGGCGAGUCUUGGCAUUUAUCUUUGCGGCUUCUGUCAUCUGGCUGCUCUUUGACAUGGCAGCCCUCCGCCUUUCAUUCAGUGAGAUCAACAAUCGGGUCCUCAAGGAAGACACCGAGAGGAGGGAACACAUAGGAUUCCGGGUUCAACCGGACCAAAUAAAGAUCUUUCGCAGCAGCAUCAGAGAGAUGCGGCUUCCCCCGAAGGGGGCGUGGGCCAAGGGGAACUUUCGAAAGAAUGAGGACGGUACACUCCAGGUUGAGGAGGAAACAGACCAAACCCAGAGGAAAAGGAAAGUACAGCUGGCCUUGGGACGGGGCAAAGUUGUGCCUCUGUGGCACCCAGCACAUCUGCAGACCCUCCUGGUGACUCUGACCAUGCAGGAGACAGAGAGAGAUGGGAACCCUGAAGUCUCUUCCCACCAGGUGGCCCCAAAGCAAACAAUAGCCCAGCGAACUCAGAAAACCUUGUUCACUGCAGCCAGAGGCACUCCAUUGGCCACAAUACCAGUACACACAGGACCGGACACUUCAAAUCAUCCGCACAUGCAGCAUCAGAGUCCUGCCAAUGACACAUCGAACCAUACGUCUGAAAGAGAACUGAAUGUGACCAUCCAUCUUAGGACUGCUGGGUCAAAGCAGCAAUCACAGGCGGUAGCAAAUGAGAGCGCACAGCCUGCCAGCCCGCCCGUCCUGAAAGCAGAGAGAAUCACAGCCCUAAACACUACCGAAGCUCAGAGAAUAGAACAAAAUGCAAACAAACACAAAGCCCAUAAGUCUCUUCCAUUUUUCAAGUUCAUUGCCAAUUCUAAUCACUUAAAGAAGCAAUCUAUGAAUGACACACAGUUGGGAGACUUGCCAAAGGAUGAUGGAGUCAGAGUGGUGCCUGGGAAGAGAUUCAAUGUUUCUGAAAGCCAUGUUGUGAUUAUAACCAAGGAACGGGACCUAAAGACACAUACCAAAGAGGCAUCCUUUUCUAAAGCCAAACGGAUACUUGCUAAUGUAUUGGACAGACUCCAAGGCACACACAUCUCCAGGAAUCACAGCAAGGUGUCUUCCUCUCCACUUGCUUUACAGACAGCAACAGUGUCUCAACCCAAACAAGCCUUACCUGAGGCACUGGGGCUGGUAAGAAGCAACUUAAGUGCCAAGGGCAAGAGAGAACACCAGCAAAGUGACACAAACCCCCCUUCCCCUGAAGACCCUGGAAGGCACCAUGUGUUAGCAAUAGAUGUGACACUUUCUCCAAGGGACCCCAAUGCUCCAGGUCAGUUUGGACGUCCUGUAAUUGUGCCCCCUGGAAAGGAGAAAGAGGCAGAACGCAGAUGGAAGGAAGGAAAUUUCAACGUCUACCUUAGUGAUCUGAUUCCAGUGGACAGAGCUAUUGAAGACACAAGACCUGCUGGGUGUGCAGAACAGCUAGUUCACAACAACCUACCAACCACCAGUGUCAUCAUGUGCUUUGUGGAUGAGGUGUGGUCCACUCUACUGAGGUCUGUUCACAGUGUUCUCAACCGCUCUCCCCCACACCUCAUCAAGGAGAUUCUGCUGGUAGAUGAUUUUAGCACGAAAGAUUAUUUGAAAGCUAACUUGGAUGCAUAUAUGUCUCAAUUCCCAAAAGUCCGGAUUCUUCACCUCAAAGAGAGGCAUGGCUUAAUAAGAGCAAGGUUGGCAGGGGCACAGAAUGCAACAGGUGAUGUGUUAACCUUCUUAGAUUCUCAUGUGGAAUGCAAUGUUGGCUGGUUGGAACCUCUUCUGGAAAGAGUUUAUUUAAACAGAAAAAAAGUGGCCUGUCCAGUAAUUGAAGUUAUCAAUGACAAGGAUAUGAGUUACAUGACAGUGGACAACUUUCAGAGAGGAAUCUUCACGUGGCCCAUGAACUUUGGCUGGAGAACAAUCCCUCCAGAUGUUGUUGCAAAAAAUGGAAUUAAAGAAACUGACAUAAUAAGGUGCCCUGUUAUGGCUGGUGGAUUGUUUUCUAUUGAUAAAAAUUACUUUUUUGAACUUGGAACUUAUGACCCUGGUCUUGAUGUUUGGGGUGGAGAAAAUAUGGAGCUGUCAUUCAAGGUGUGGAUGUGUGGUGGUGAGAUUGAGAUCAUUCCCUGCUCCAGAGUGGGCCACAUAUUCAGAAAUGAUAACCCCUACUCCUUCCCCAAAGACCGCAUGAAGACUGUGGAACGGAACUUGGUGCGGGUGGCUGAGGUCUGGCUUGAUGAGUACAAAGAACUCUUCUAUGGUCAUGGAGAUCACCUCGUAGACCAAGGGCUGGAUGUGGGCAACCUCACCCAGCAAAGGGAACUCCGAAAGAAACUGAAAUGCAAAAGUUUUAAAUGGUACUUGGAGAAUGUCUUUCCAGACUUAAAGGCUCCCAUUGUGAGAGCUGGUGGUGUGCUUAUUAAUGUAGCUUUGGGUAAAUGCAUUUCCACUAAGAAUACCACAGCCCUGCUGGAAGACUGUGAUGGGAGCAGCAAGCUUCAAAGAUUUAAUUAUACCUGGUUAAGACUUAUUAAACAUGAAGACUGGUGCUUAGCUCCCAUCCUUGAUAAAGGGUCCCUAAGGCUGCACCCCUGUGAUAACAGAAACACCAGGCUCAAGUGGCUGCAUAAAUCAACAUCAGCCUUCCAUCCAGAACUGGUGGACCACAUGGUGUUUGAAAACUCCCACCAGCUGUUGUGCUUGGAAGGAAACGUUUCUCAGAAGACCCUGAAAGUAGCUGCUUGUGACCCAAUGGAACCAUACCAAAAAUGGAAAUUUGAAAAAUACUAUGAAGACUAAAGGGAAGAUGACUACUUUUCUAGCUAAUUCAUUAAAUACUGUGAAAAUGAAAGCAAACUUGGUGACUAUGCUUCUCAGUGGUAGUUUCAAGUUUUCAAUUUUAUUUGAAUGGAUGUUUUUAAGCAACAAAAAAAACUCACAAUUUUUGAAGUAACAAAAGAUAACUCAGGAAACAA